AGACCCCCAGGGGGCAGGGCAGGGAUCCCAGCACACACGGUGGGGAGCUCAGCUGCUGCAUGCCCAUGGGAAGGACGAGCCCAGGGCAGCCCUGACCGCAGGCUCUCCGGAGCAGGCAGCGGGCCAGCCGGCUCUGGCACCCGGCCCGGAAGUCUGUCCUGCCCCUUCACUGUGACUCUGCAAAACAGUGGGGCGGAGGCCGUGACGAUGACGAUGGCCGGGCAAGGAGGAAGUAAAGGGGCACGGCUGGGCGCUGCACUGCUCGGGGCACAGCGGAGGGCUCGGCUGAGCACGACAGAGGAAAGCCAAGGCCGGCCGGCAGCCACAGCCAUGGCAGAGGCCGAGGACAGGAGCAUCCAUACCCAGCACAUCUCGGCCGUGCACAACGUGCCCAUGCGGGUCCUCAUCCGGCCCAUCCCGGCACAGCUGGAGCCGGGAAAGGUGCAGAGCCUGAUGGAGACCCUGCAGGAGGAUCCCGAGCGGGUGCCCCCCAUCGACGUGCUCUGGAUCAAAGGCAGUGAGGGCGGCGAUUAUUUCUACUCCUUCGGGGGCUGCCACCGCUAUGCUGCCCACCAGGCACUCCGCCGGGAGACCAUCCCCGCCAAGAUCAUCCCCUCCACCCUCAGCGACCUCCGUACCUACCUCGGCUCCUCCACGCCUCACCUGCGCUAGCCCAGCACCCUGAGGAUGCCCAGCAGCCCCUUCUAUCCCUGUUGGUUCCGACCCGUGAGCCCUCGAUGAGGAUGUGGUCGGCGUCCCCAGCCCUGGGGAGUCCCCAUGGUCCCUCCAGCCGGGAUGAGGCGAGAGUCCCCAAGACUUGGAGGGUCCCCUAGGUUCCUCCAGCCGGGAUGAGGUGCGGAUCCCCCAGACUUGGAGGGUCCAUGGGGUCCCGGCAGCCGGGAUGGGUCGGGCUCUCACCGGUACCGGGAGGUGCCCGGCGGGGCCAGCAGGUGGCGCUAUUGUGCCGCGCUGCGCCGCCGGAGCGACCUGGACGGGACGGGAGGAACCGGGACGGGAGGAACCGGGGCGGGACGGGAGGAACCGGGACGAGAGGAACCGG